CUGGCAGCUAGCGAACAGCCGUAUUCUGUCUCGUGCUGUGAGCUAAUAGCUAAGGGAAGCUAACACAUUCUUAAACACGUCGCCGGCGACCCAGAUCUGUUGACAAUCGGAAAGGAAGCAGAUUUGAUCCAUCAUCUAACGGGAAGGAAACGGGGUUGAGUGGAGAGGGAAAAUGGACAAGCAGUUUUUUGGAGGAGUUGCCGGUGGAGAUAGCACUGCGCAGCCGGGAGUAGCGAAUCGAAACAACAAGCCUCGGACGCUUGCCACCUCUGGAUCGAAACAGGAUAGCUUGGAGACAUUGGACAGGUGAUAUGUUAUUUCGUUAUCGGUACACAACUGUUACAAUGUUACUAGCUACAGUGUUAGGAUAAUUUACACUGGGCAGUGUCGCGCAUAGAAGAGCGAAUAUCUCUUUCGUAGGCUGCAGGCUAGACAAUUGCUUGCCAUAUGUUGUUACAAUGUUAUGCUAUUUGUGCAUUUGCUGUUGGGCGGUGUCGUGGAAAUCGUUGUAGAAAAGCGACUUGCUCUUUCCUGCCUGCAUGCAUUUCGGGACUUGUUUGACAUAUCUUGUUGUUAGUGUAAUUUUCAACGAGAAAGCGACAGUUUAACGUUUUCAUUUUCAAAGCGUUACAUUGUUCUGCAACAUGCAUUCGAUUAUUGUCCCGUGAAACAAAGCAUUACAUUAAUCUGUAGUAGCCUACUGUGUCUCAUGUGUAUUUCGGCAUUCAGCAAUGAGCGCGCCAGAUGGGCGCGUAGGGAUCUGUGCCAAGUGAACACGCCUCAGUGAUAAAGCAGUGUCUUUGCCCAGCAGGAAUCAGCCUAACCGCGACCUAUUUUAGCCCAGAAUGUUGCAGACAGGCUUAUUUAUUGUGACGCAACCUACUACUGUGUCUGACUGUCUAGCCUAUGUCUAUGGUAGCUCUCCAAUAGCCUAAUGAUUUACAGCUGAUAGUAAACCUCUGUCUCUCCCUUGAACCCUCUGGCCCCCUUCCUCUGUCUGUCUCGCUGUUUUCAUAUCUGUGUACCCUCUCCCUCUCUCCUUUGAACUCUGUCUAUUCCCCUCCCCCUCAUGGCUCUCUCUCUCUUCCUCCUCCUCACUUUCUGUAUAUCCCCCAUGUCUCUGUCACUGUCCCCCACCCCCCCCCCCCUUCCAUCCCUCCUCCAGUCCGACAGGUUCUCAUGUAGAGUGGUGUAAGCAGCUGAUCGCAGCCACCAUCUCCAGCCAGAUAUCAUCUGUACCCCCAGACACUGCAUCCGGAGACUGCAAGGUGGGACACAUAUGCGUGCGCACACACACACAAUAACAGGUUUAGACACACUCAUCACACAGUUGUGUUUUCUGACUGACAGGUUUGGAGGAGGACAGAUCUCCCAAGGGUAAGGUUAAUUAACCAUAGCAGCAGCAGUGUCUGUGUGUUUGCUUACACACAUCAUGUACCUGCGUAGAGGGAUUUGGGUAGUCUUUUGCUCUCUUCUUCUACAUCAACUGACUCAGUCAUGCCAGUCAUUCUUUUUCUUCUAUAUCAACUGACUCAGUCAUGCCAGUCCUCCUUUCUCCUUCUACAUCAACUGACUCAGUCAUGCCAGUCCUCUUCUCCUUCUACAUCAACUGACUCAGUCAUGCCAGUCCUCUUUCUCCUUCUACAUCAACUGACUCAGUCAUGCCAGUCCUUCUUUCUCCUUCUACAGCAACUGACUCAGUCAUGCCAGUCAUUCCAGUCCAUUCUAACCAGGGUUUCCCAAACUCAGUCCUGCCCCGCCGGGUGCACGUUUAGGUUUUUGCCCCAGCACUGCACAGCUGAUUCAAAUAAUCAAAGGUUGAUGAUGAGUUGGUUAUUUGAAUCAGCUGUGUAGUGCUAGGGGGGGGGGAGGACCAAGUUUGGGAAACCCUGGUCUAAAGCAUCGUAUUACAGUCUGAGGUUUAGAGGUUUUGUAUUCAGUGUGUCAAUGCUUCUCUCGCCGCCUGUUGCAGCUUUACCUACUGGUGAUGUUAGCGUCCACUAGGCUUAUCUGUGUGUGUGUGUGUGUGUGUGUGGUUGUUGUCUGUAACCCACAGGUGUCCAAGAGGCCUGUUCUGAGGGUAAGAUUUAAAGACUGUUGCUGCUUCCACCUGCCAAAAACCCAUUUUAAUAUUAAUCGACUCUCUUACUACUUGACAACCUGUCAAGGAGUGUGUGGAGUACAGAGCUAUGUAGAAAAACGUUUUUUCUUCGUGAUGACCUACUACUCUUUCUAUGGAUGUCUGAAGUUUUCAGCUAAUUCUAUAUGGGCUGUGUAGUAGUUUGUAGGAGCCGCCAUGCUGUUUUGACUUUGUCUGUGUAUCUAUUACUUUCAAGGCUACAGAUACUGCGGUCUACAGACUUCAAGGUGUUACUGUGUCCUGUCUACAAUGUUGUGUAGCUUUGCUCCCUUCACUUCCUGUUAGAACUCUACUGAUUCUAACUUUGAAUUUCCCUACAAAGCUCAGCCACCCACACACGCCUCAUCUCCUGUCUCUGGAGAGGAGACAUUACCUUUUAAUUAAACUCUUCUGCCUCUCCUGCAUUCUCGCUCUCUUUCUCUCUAGUUCUCUCUCACGUUCUCUCUCUCUAAUUCUCUCUAGUUCUCUCUCUAAUUCUCUCUAGUUCUCUCUCCUCCUUCACACUCAAGAUAACUUGCAACUGUAACAGAAUUAACUCUUCCUAUUGUCCUCUCUGCUUCCAUGGUUACCAUGCCUCUCCCUGGUUAAGGACUCUAUGGAAGGGGGACAUAUUUACCAGGGCAACAGUGACUCUGAGCUUCCCCCCAAUGCUUUGGCAAGUCUCUCUCUUCCAUCCCGCUCUCCUGCCCCUUAUAAUAUAUGCCAUUUAGUAUAAGAUUUUAUCCAAAGCGACUUACAUGACUGUGCAGACAUUUUACGUGUGGGUGGCCCAAGCGGGAAUCAAACCCACGAUUCACGCUUGAGCCACAUAGGGCCUUAUGUCUGUUCCUUCUUUCAUGCUGCCCCUUCUCCCUUGUCUAUACCUCUGUCAAUCUCCCCCUUUCUUUUCCCUAUCUCUCUGAUCCCUCUUUCACUUUUUUUCACUCUCCCAGUGCCUCCCCCUCGCUUCGGCUUGCAGCUCUGUGUAGUGACAGUGAGAAAUGGUUCUGCUUAGGACCAGAGGUUCUGUUUAAAGAGUUCUAGAUCUCUGAGAUGGUUCUGACUGUUCCUUAUUGUGGUUCUAUUGUUCUAUGUUCUAGGCUCCAAGAGACGGAAGCAAGCAGGUCCAGAUGGAUGAGGUUCCGCUGGUACCGGGAGAGACCAUCAAGGCUGUGGGUUAGUAGUACUACUGUCUCGGUCUCGCUCUCGAAUCCAUCCCCCCCUCUCUCUGUCCAGAUCUUUGUCUCCAUUUGACUUAUUUUCCAGUUUUCUCUCCUUUUCUGUUUUCCUCUCUCUCUUUUCUUUAGCCUAGUACGACAGCAGCUGUAGUUGUUGACAUGUUUUAGACUUGCAUUCCUAAUUUGUUUCACUUGAAGAGCAACAUCACACUGUUUCCUGUUCUCCCACUAAACACUGUUUCAACACUGUUGUUUCUUUAUUGGUUUGUUUGUCCCCUCAGCCAAGGAUGUGAUGUACAUCUGUCCCUUCACGGGCUUGGUGACCGGAACCCUCACCAGCACCAACUAUAAACUAUACUUUAUCAGUCUGGAGAGGGUAAGAGCACAGACACACACAGACACACACACACACACAGACACACACACAGACACACACACAGACACACACACAGACAGACACACACACAGACACACACACAGACACACACACAGACACACACACAGACACACACACACAGACACACACAGAGACACACAGAGACACACACACAGACACACACAGAGACACACACACAGAGACACACACACAGAGACACACACACAGAGACACACACACAGAGACACACACACAGAGACACACACACAGAGACACACACACAGAGACACACACACAGAGACACACACACAGAGACACACACAGAGACACACACACACACACACACAUUUCAAGCUUGACCCUUGUUUGUUUACCCAACUUUUUAUUUAUUUUUAUAUGUAAAGUUCCCCAUCCUAUUCCCGUCUGAUUCUCGUACCAUUCCUGUCCCAUUUCCGUCUAAUCCCCAUCCCAUUUCCGUCUAAUCCCCAUCCCAUUCCCCUCCCAUUUCUGUCUGAUUCCCAGGAUACUCCGUUCAUCAUGGAUGUGAACCUGGGAGCCAUCAGCCGUCUAGAGACCAUCAGUGUUCAGAGUCAUGGAGAGAACACACGGGGCAUGGAGAUAGUCUGUAAGGUAGGUCAACACACGCACCCUAACCCUAGAGACCAUCAGUGUUCAGAGUCAUGGAGAGAACACUAGGAGUAUGGAGAUAGGGUGAAAGAGUUACAUUGCACUUGCUACUCAAAUACAUAAUGUAUAGCAUCAGUAUACAUAACGUUUUAUGUAAGGAUAUUAUGGAUUGUGCAAAUUGUCCUGUCAGUUAUCAAUUUGUAAUAAAACCUCUCUCCCUCUCUCUCUCCAUCAGGACAUGCGUAGUCCCAGGUUUGCCUAUAAGGAGGAUGCCAGCCAACCAGAGAUAGUGGAGGUUCUAGCCAAACACACCUUCCCCCUAUCAAAUGACCUGGUGAGACAUGUCAAUCACUCUCCUAGCAGCCUAAUAGGUGCAGGGAUGUGUCACUCAAAAUGGGGCAGGCUCUUAAUUAGAAUGUAUAUAGAAUCCUUGCAUGUUGGUUUGUUCGGAAAACUAUCACUCAAGAGGGAGGAUCAUAACAUGGAGUGGGGUCUUAGAAUCCUUGCUUGUUGAUUGGUUGAGAGACCUGUCACUCACUCUCCCUGGCCUAUCCCAUUGCAGCCCCUGUUUGCCUUCCUGUAUAAGGAGGAGUUUCCUGUGGAUGGGUGGAAGGUGUAUGACCCCAUUGCUGAGUACAAGAGACAGGUAACCACGGAAAUGAGAACUUUGGAUUAUAAAUACAGUUGAAGUCGGAAGUUUACAUACACUUAGGUUGGAGUCAUUAAACUCGUUUUCAACCACUCCACAAAUGUAUUGUUAACAAACUAUAGUUUUGGCAAGUCGGUUAGGACAUCUACUUUGUGCAUGACACAAGUAAUUUUUCCAACAAUUGUUUACAGACAGAUAAUUUAACUUAUAAUUCACUGUAUCACAAUUCCAGUGGGUCAGAAGUUUACAUACACUAAGUUAACUGUGCCUUUAAACAGCUUGGAAAAUUCCAGAAAAUUAUGUCAUGGCUUUAGAAGCUUCUGAUAGGCUAAUUGACAUCAUUUGAGUCAAUUGGAGGUGUACCUGUGGAUGUAUUUCAAGGAUUACCUUCAAACUCAGUGCCUCUUUGCUUGACAUCAUGGGAAAAUCAAAAGAAAUCAGCCAAGACCUCAGAAAAAUAAAUGGUCUGGUUCAUCCUUGGGAGCAAUUUCCAAACGCCUGAAGGUACCACGUUCAUCUGUACAAACAAUAGUAUGCAAGUGUAAACACCAUGGGACCACGCAUCCGUCAUACCGCUCGGGAAGGAGACUUGUUCUGUCUCUUAGAGAUGAGCGUACUUUGGUGCGAAAAGUGCAAAUCAAUCCCAGAACAACAGCAAAGGACCUUGUGAAGAUGCUGGAGGAAACGGGUACAAAAGUACAGUGGGGAGAACAAGUAUUUGAUACACUGCCGAUAUUUGCAGGUUUUCCUACUUACAAAGCAUGUAGAGGUCUGUAAUUUUUAUCAUAGGUACACUUCAACUGUGAGAGAUGGAAUCUAAAACAAAAAUCCAGAAAAUCACAUUGUAUGAUUUUUAAGUAAUUAAUUUGCAUUUUAUUGCAUGACAUAAGUAUUUGAUCACCUACCAGCCAGUAAGAAUUCCGGCUCUCACAGACCUGUUAGUUUUUCUUUAAGAAGCCCUCCUGUUCUCCACUCAUUACCUGUAUUAACUGCACCUGUUUGAACUCGGUACCUGUAUAAAAGACACCUGUCCACACACUCAAUCAAACAGACUCCAACCUCUCCACAAUGGCCAAGACCAGAGAGCUGUGUAAGGACAUCAGGGAUAAAAUUGUAGACCUGCACAAGGCUGGGAUAGGCUACAGGACAAUAGGCAAGCAGCUUGGUGAGAAGGCAACAACUGUUGGCGCAAUUAUUAGAAAAUUGAAGAAGUUCAAGAUGACGGUCAAUCACCCUCGGUCUGGGGCUCCAUGCAAGAUCUCACCUCGUGGGGCAUCAAUGAUCAUGAGGAAGGUGAGGGAUCAGCCCAGAACUACACGGCAGGACCAGGUCAAUGACCUGUAGAGAGCUGGGACCACAGUCUCAAAGAAAACCAUUAGUAACACACUACACCGUCAUGGAUUAAAAUCCUGCAGCGCACACAAGGUCCCCCUGCUCAAGCCAGCGCAUGUACAGGGCCUUCUGAAGUUUGCCAAUGACCAUCUGGAUGAUCCAGAGGAGGAAUGGGAGAAGGUCAUGUGGUCUGAUGAGACAAAAAUAGAGCUUUUUGGUCUAAACUCCACUCGCCGUGUUUGGAGGAAGAAGAAGGAUGAGUACAACCCCAUGAACACCAUCCCAACCGUGAAGCAUGGAGGUGGAAACAUCAUUCUUUGGGGAUGCUUUUCUGCAAAGGGGACAGGACGACUGCACCGUAUUGAGGGGAAGAUGGAUGGAGCCAUGUAUCGUGAGAUCUUGGCCAACAACCUCCUUCCCUCAGUAAGAGCAUUGAAGAUGGGUCGUGGCUGGGUCUUCCAGCAUGACAACGACCCGAAACACACAGCCAGGGCAACUAAGGAGUGGCUCCGUAAGAAGCAUCUCAAGGUCCUGGAGUGGCCUAGCCAGUCUCCAGACCUGAACCCAAUAGAAAAUCUUUGGAGGGAGCUGAAAGUCCGUAUUGCCCAGCGACAGCCCCUAAACCUGAAGGAUCUGGAGAAGGUCUGUAUGGAGGAGUGGGCCAAAAUCCCUGCUGCAGUGUGUGCAAACCUGGUCAAGACCUACAGGAAACGUAUGAUCUCUGUAAUUGCAAACAAAGGUCUCUGUACCAAAUAUUAAGUUCUGCUUUUCUGAUGUAUCAAAUACUUAUGUCAUGCAAUAGAAUGCAAAUGAAUUACUUAAAAGUCAUACAAUGUGAUUUUCUGGAUUUUUGUUUUAGAUUCUGUCUCUCACAGUUGAAGUGUACCUAUGAUAAAAAUGACAGACCUCUACAUGCUUUGUAAGUAGGAAAACCUGCAAAAAAAAAAAAAGUUCUCCCCACUGUAUCUAUAUCCACAGUAAAACAAGUCCUAUAUCGACAUAACCUGAAAGGCCGCUCAGCAAGGAAGAAGCCACUGCUCCAAAUCCGCCAUAAAAAAGCCAGACUACGGUUUGCAACUGCACAUGGGGACAAAGAUCGUACUUUUUUGAGAAAUAUCCUCUGGUCUGAUGAAACAAAAAUAGAACUGUUUGGCCAUAAUGACCAUCGUUAUGUUUGGAGGAAAAAGGGGGAAACUUGCAAGCCAAAGAACACCAUCCCAACCGUGAAGCACGGGGGUGGCAGCAUCAUGCUGUGGGGGUGCUUUUCUGCAGGAAGGACUUGUGCAUGUCACAAAAUAGAUGGCAUCAUGAGGAAGGGAAAUUGUGUGGUUAUAUUGAAGCAACAUCUCAAGACAUCAGUCAGGAAGUUAAAGCUUGGUCGUAAAUGGGUCUUAAAAUGGACAAUGACCCCAAGCAUACUUCCAAAGUUGUGGCAAAAAUGGCUUAAGGACAACAAAGUCAAGGUAUUGGAGUGGCCAUCACAAAGCCCUGACCUCAAUCCUAUAGAACAUUUUGUGGGCAGAACUGAAAAAGGCGUGUGCGAGCUAGGAGGCCUACAAACCUGACUCAGUUACACCAGCUCUGUCAGGAGGAAUGGGCCAAAAUUCACCCAACUUAUUGUGGGAAACUACCCAAAACGUUUGACCCAAGUUAAACAAUUUAAAGGCAAUGCUACCAAAUACUAAUUGAGUGUAUGUGAACUUCUGACCCACUGGGAAUGUGAUGACAGAAAUAAAAGCUGAAAUAAAUCAUUCUCUCUACUAUUAUUCAGACAUUUCACAUUCUUAAAAUAAAGUGGUGAUCCUAACUGACCUAAAACAGGGAAUUUUUACUAGGAUUAAAUGUCAGGAAUUGUGAAAAACUGAGUUUAAAUGUAUUUGGCUAAGGUGUAUGUAAACUUCUGACUUCAACUGUAUGUACUGAAUGUUAGAUAAUAGACAUGUUCACUUAGAUAAGGCAAAGUUGUAGUUUCACUCAAGACCAAAAGGUUUAUAUCCGUGAAAUGUGCAAGAUUUGCAAGUGUCUAGAUAGUUUAUCACUCCUACUCCCUCAUCUCCCUCUAGUUCUGUAUACUGGGGGUGUGUAGAAAGCCUUACUCUGAUUCAUCCUCUCUCCCACAAUCCUUUUGAGGUUAAUGUGCAUUGAUUCUUGAAGUCUUUGAAGUGUUUCAUGUAAGACUAACUUAUAUGAACUGAAAAAAUGAACUGUUCUUCACUACAUUUAGCAGUGCUUGUAUUCCUCCUCUCUCCAGGGUCUCCCCAACGAGAGUUGGACCAUCAGUAAGAUGAACAGUAGUUAUGAGGUGUGUGACACCUACCCUGCCCUGGUCGUCAUCCCCAGCAGCAUCAAGGACGACGACCUCAAACGGGUGGUGUCCUUUAGGGCUAGGCACCGUAUACCGGUACGUAUCUCUCUCUCUCUCUCUGGGAAAAUUACAGGGGAAGUUACCUCCAAAGUUACCAGGCUAAAUCAGUGAGGAUGGUACUUAAACCCCCGCUAGAUGUUAUCAUGGAUCCACCUGGAGAGCCAGGCCACUAUAGUCCGUAGUAGUAAGCUAGCUAACUAACCUCGCUCGCUCUAUUCAAUUCAAUGGGCUUUAUUGGCAUGGGAAACAUAUGUUUACAUUGCCAAAGCAAGUGAACUAGAUAAUAAACAAAAAAUGAAUAGUGAACAUUAGACUUACAAGUUUCAAAGGAAUAGACACCUGGAGAGAGCCAGACCACUAUAGUCUGUAGUGGUAAGCUAACUCACCCCACCCUCUCUCUGCCUCUCUCUCUCUCUCUCUCUCUCUGUUCUAGGUGUUAUCAUGGAUCCACCCGGAGAGCCAGACCACUAUAGUCUGUAGUGGUAAGCUAACUCACCCCACCCUCUCUCUCUCUCUGCCUCUCUCUCUCUCUGCUCUAGGUGUUAUCAUGGAUCCACCCGGAGAGCCAGGCCACUAUAGUCCGUAGCAGUCAGCCUUUAGUCGGCCCCUCUGACCGGCGCUGUAAGGAGGACGAGCGAUACCUCCAGACCAUCAUGGAUGCCAACGCUCAGUCUCACAAACUCACCAUCUUCGACGCCCGGCAGAGCAGCGUGGCAGACAACAAUAAGGUAUAGUUGUCACAUCAAGUAGCUACAUCGCUGUGUUUUAAGGUGACCGCAAAUUGAUGGUAAACUGCUUUCACCGUCUCCUUUUUCACGCUCUACUUAUUUCCCUUCCACCCCUCCCUCCUUGCGGCCAUCCCUCACCCUCUCCCUCCCUCUCUCCCAGGCUAAGGAUGGUGGUUAUGAGAGUGAGAGUUUCUAUCCAAAUGUAGAACUCAACUUCCUUGAGAUCCCCAACAUCCACGUGAUGAGAGAGUCACUGAGAAAACUAAAGGAAGUGGUGUACCCUACUAUAGAUGAGGCUCACUGGCACUCUGCAGUCGACCAGACACACUGGCUAGAGUAUAUACGGGUAAGGAGGACUCUAUCUCUGUGUCUCUCUGUCUCUGUGUUUGUCUCUCUAUUUUGCGCACACACACACAACCACACACACACGUAUACACAAGGAGGUGGUCUACCCUACCAUAGAUCUGUCUCACUGUCACUAAAUCUCCCCCUAGCUGCUCCUGGCGGGUGCGGUGCGCAUAGCUGACAGGCUGGAGUCUGGGAAGACCUCUGUGAUGGUCCACUGUAGUGAUGGGUGGGACCGGACGGCCCAGCUCACCUCUCUGGCCAUGCUGAUGCUGGACAGCCACUACCGCACCCUGAGGGGAUUCCAGGUGGGUAGGAUGGAUGGAUGGAGGGAAGGAGGAAGAGAAGGGGUAAAGGCUGUCUGUGGACAGCCACUACCGCACCCUGAGGGGAUUCCAGGUGGGUAGGAUGGAUGGAUGGAUGGAUGGAUGGAGGGAAGGAGGAAGAGAAGGGGUAAAGGCUGUCUGUGGACAGUUGUCGCAGUGACAGCUUGAACAUUCUAUUGUCGUCCGACAUUAAAAUUGUCCUUGUCAUUAUGAAAAGUAUAAACACACAAACGUCAUCAACAGCCUGGUGGUCCAAAUAGCAUACCUGCUGUAUUUUAACACUAAUAAACUGUUUUACUAACUAAAUUCAAUUUUAAUCUAGCAAGCCAGGCAACCAAAAGCAACUUUCUAAACAAUGUUUUGGUUAGUUUCUUAGCUAGCUAAUAAUGACCAGAGCCUAGCUGACAACGUCUUAACUUGAGCUACUUUUUAUUCAUUAUUACAGGAAGAAAAAUCACAAGAUCAUUAUAACUUGCCUUGCAAUGCUUUGUUGCUGGUAACCAUGACAACUGAUGCUGCGACAGAGUUAAAGUUGAACUUUUUUUAUAUGUAUAUGCGACAGUCGCAGCAACGAUCUACAGACAUUCCACCAGAGUAUAAAUUACAUGUUGUUUUGACCAGCGACACUUGUCGCAUCCUAAUUGUCUACAGACAUGUCGUUAGACAAAGUAUAAACCGGCCUUGGGGGGGGAAGGGAGGAAGGGAGGUUUGGUCUCUGUCAUCAGUUCUGUAGAGACCGAGAGCUGUGUCUCCUCAGGUGCUGCUGGAGAAGGAGUGGAUCAGCUUCGGACACAAGUUUGCCGCGGUGAGGAUUGUGUGUUUAUAUGGUUUCCUGUGUUGUUGUUUUUUAUACAGGUGGCUCUUUGUGUGCGUGUGUUCCUGUGUAUAAUAACCUGUGUGUUUAUAUGGUUUCCUGUGUUUUUUGUGGCUCUUUGUGUGCGUGUGUUCCUGUGUAUAAUAACCUGUGUGUUUAUAUGGUUUCCUGUGUAUUUUGUGGCUCUUUGUGUGCGUGUGUUCCUGUGUAUAAUAACCUGUGUGUUUUUCAGCGUGUGGGUCAUGGGGAUGAUAACCAUGCCAACUCAGAGAGAUCGCCUCUCUUUAUCCAGUUUAUAGACUGUGUCUGGCAGAUAAAUAGACAGGUGAGUGCCAACCUGCUACACGCACACACACACACACACAUCUGUUGAGAUUUCCCUGACACACACACACACACACACAUCUGUUGAGAUUUCCCUGACACACACACACAUCUGUUGAGAUUUCCCUGACACACACACACAUUUGUUGAGAUUUCCCUGACACACACACAUGUAAUUGUGUAGUUACACUGUGUCUUUAUUUGUUCCUAGUUCCCUGCAGCGUUUGAGUUUAAUGAGUUGUUCCUGAUAACCAUUCUGGAUCACCUCUAUAGUUGUCUGUUUGGUACGUUCCUCUACAACAGCGAACAGGAGAGAGUGGCCAAGGUAGGGACCAUUUCUUUACUGACGGGGGUGGGAGGCUGGGUCACCUAGUCACAAUGAGUUAAAGUUCUCAUCUGGUCUCUUACUGUAAAGCUUUGUGGGGAAUGUUGAUUAACUCGUGCCUGUCUUCUCUCUCUUCUUCUUGUUGUUGUUGUUCUUCUUCUCAACAGGAAGUCCAGACUAAGACAGUCUCUCUAUGGUCCUAUAUCAACAGUCAACCAGAGGACUUCACCAACCCGUUCUAUGUGGACUAUGAGCACCACGUCUUGUACCCUCUAGCUAGCAUCAGACACCUGGAGCUGUGGACCGGCUACUACGUACGAUGGAACCCCCGUAUGAGGCCACAGGUAGGGGUGGGUUGUGGAGGGGGUGGUAGUGUGUUUUGUUGAAGGAAGGAAACUUUCUAACUAUUCAUCUCUCCCCAUCAGAUGCCGGUGCACCAGAACCUGAAGGAGUUGUUGUUCCUGAGAGCAGAGUUACAGAGGAAGGUAGAGGAGUUGGAGAGAGAAGCAUCUUCAUCACGCGGCUCUCUCUCUUCUUCAUCAGAACACACGUCAUCACCCUCACACAGCGGGGGCACGCCCCUACACACCAUUGUCUAAUACUGUACACACACACACCACCGUCUGAUACACACACACACACACACCUGAAUGCAGUACCCAACACAGAACUGGACACAGACAUGUAAUCACUUGUUUGUUCGUCUUCGUAUUCCUGAAUCAGUUUUUCACAUCAAGUGUUUUUAUCAUAAAGAACUAGGAAGAGUUUUACUUGAGAAAAUAGGUACACAGUUGUCAAAGUUUCAUAAUUUUUUUGUAUUUAAAUAAGAGAAAAUAAAUGGGGUAAUGAAAUUGUUGAAAAAGUAUUGAGAGAAAGAAAGCACCAUAGUAUUUUGUGCGUAUUUUGUCUAACAUAGAAUAUGUAAAUAUGAAUAGAUUGAACUAACAUAUUUCUACCUACCAAAAGUAUUAAACACCUUGCCAUUGACAACAGUUUCCAAUAUUAUAAAUAUGUUGAAUUUAAUUCAUAGACGAUGUGUAGAAAUAUGAAAUAUCAAGUGCACUUUUUUUAAACUAACACAUUCGAGUAAGCAUGUUAUCAACUUGAUCAUUAAGGACGCGUCCUAUUUACCCUGAUCAAAAGUUGUACACUAUGUAGGGAGUAGGGUGACAUUUGGGACACAACCUAAAUAAGCUGUCUCACUACUACUACUUAACCUGAUCCAGCUGUGCAAUAACUGGUACCUUGUAAUAUAAUGUGUCCCCUCUUCCUGUCCGUCCCUUUUAAUGUGCCCUGACUGGAGGUUUACCUUUGUGUAUCAUGUGUUCCUAUCAACACGUUCCAUUGAAAGUCUGUGCAGUUUCUUAAAAAAAAAAAAAAAAA